AUGAUUUUCGUUUUCCCAUUGCAGGGGGUCUACCAAGGAAUUAUCAUUGGCGUUGGAAUUCCGGGACUCUUGAGUCUAAUCGGGCUGAUUUCGUUCAUCGGUGGUCGAAUGAGAACCGGCGGACGAAGAGGUAACCUCCCUAGUAUUGAAUUCUCGGCAUCGAUCUCCCCGUCACCGGAUAUUUUAAUAACAGGACUCGACGGGCUAACGAUUGAUUCCUACCCCAAGACUAAACUUGGUGAGAGCGGACGUCUUCCCAAGCCGAUCGACAAUAUUUGUCCCAUUUGCUUAUCUGAAUAUCAGCCUAAGGAGACACUAAGGACUAUACCAGACUGUAACCACUACUUCCAUGCUCAUUGCAUAGACAAGUGGCUGAAGAUGAAUGCUUCGUGCCCUUUGUGUCGCAAUUCGCCCUGUGGAUCGUCUGAAGUUACCCUAUCUAUAUCCUCAUCUUCAUCUUCAUCUUCAUCUACUCUCUUACCACCAUGGGCAAUUCCAAAUUCAUGUCACUAUAUCAGCAGUUGUGAAUAUAUAUACCCUCCAAAGGACUUGAGUUUUAGAUUCUCUCUUUGUUUUUGA